AAAGAAGAAUGAUUUAUGGUGCUAAUUAAUUGGUCCCAAUGACGCUGAAACUACAGUCUACACCUAUUGAAACAAUCUUAUCCAAAAUCCCACGGCCAUGACAGUCGUUCGGAGAGUAUUCUCUGUCUUCCCUGCUUUAUCUCGUCUCUUACCCUCUUCAGGAAGAUGCAGCAACAGAUUCACCACAGCAGCGGAUUUGGAAGAGCUAAUUACGCCACCUGUUCAGAUCAAUUACACCAAACUUCUCAUCAAUGGCCAAUUUGUUGAUGCAGCUUCUGGGAAAACAUUUCCAACCUAUGAUCCUCGAACAGGAGAAGUCAUUGCACAUGUUGCCGAGGGUGAUGCGGAGGAUGUUAAUCGUGCUGUUGCUGCUGCUCGAAGGGCAUUUGAUGAAGGACCAUGGCCAAGAAUGACAGCUUAUGAGAGGUCAAAAAUACUGUUGAGAUUUGCAGACAUGGUUGAGAAGAACAUCAAGGAAAUUGCAGCCCUUGAGACAUGGAACAGUGGAAAACCUUAUGAACAAGCAGCUAAGAUCGAAUUGCCAAUGUUUGUUCGCUUAUUUCGAUAUUAUGCUGGUUGGGCGGAUAAAAUCCAUGGCUUAACGAUUCCAGCAGAUGGACCUUACCACGUACAGACGUUACACGAAGCAAUUGGAGUUGCUGGACAAAUAAUUCCUUGGAAUUUCCCUCUUCUCAUGUUUGCGUGGAAAGUUUGUCCAGCUCUUGCUUGUGGUAACACUAUCGUGUUGAAGACGGCUGAACAAACGCCUUUGACUGCUCUCUGUGUAGCAAUACUGUUCCACGAGGCUGGUUUGCCUGAAGGUGUCUUGAACAUAAUUUCUGGCUAUGGGCCAAGUGCUGGUGCAGCUCUUGCUAGUCAUAUGGAUGUGGACAAGCUUGCUUUCACAGGAUCAACUGAUACAGGUAAGAUUGUGUUGGAAUUGGCUGGAAGAAGCAAUCUGAAAGCUGUGACAUUAGAGCUUGGAGGAAAAUCUCCCUUCAUUGUAUGCAAAGAUGCCAAUGUGAAUAGGGCUGUGCAGCUUGCACACUUUGCUCUUUUCUUUAACCAGGGACAAUGUUGUUGUGCUGGUUCUCGAACUUACGUGCAUGAACACAUCUACGAGGAGUUUGUUGAGAAAGCUAGGCUUCGUGCAAUGAGACGAGUAGUUGGCGAUCCUUUCAAAAGAGGUGUGGAGCAAGGUCCACAGAUCGAUUCAGAACAAUUUGAGAAGGUCUUAAAGUACAUAAAAUCCGGAAUUGUUAGCGGAGCCACCUUGGAGUGUGGGGGAGGAAGGUUUGGUUCGAAGGGCUAUUUUGUUCAACCAACUGUUUUCUCUAAUGUUGAGGAUGAUAUGUUGAUAGCUAAGGAUGAGAUCUUUGGCCCUGUGCAGAGCAUCUUGAAAUUCAAGGAUAUUGAUGAUGUGAUUAAAAGGGCAAACAACACACAAUAUGGUCUAGCAGCAGGAGUGUUCACAAAAGAUGUCAACACCGCAAAUAGAUUGUCGCGAGCAUUGAGGGUUGGGACAGUGUGGGUCAAUUGCUUCGAUGUGUUUGAUGCUGCAAUACCUUUUGGAGGGUACAAAAUGAGUGGAAUGGGUAGGGAAAAGGGUAUAUAUAGUCUCUAUAAUUACUUGCAGGUUAAGGCUGUGGUCACUCACUUGAACAAGGUAAGGUAGCUUGGUUAAUCGAACUAUUUUCUUGCAACAUUCUUCAUAAGUUUUUUUCCUUGUUUGGUACUAGUGACUAUUUGUCGAAUGUGUCUUGUAAUUCAUAUAAUCCGACAAAAAAUAUUGAUUGAACAUUUUUUUUUUCAAUUUUAGGGAGCUAGAUACACACCUA